AUGGCUCCUCUCCCGCGGUCACGAGUUACUCCCUUCCGCGCCUUCGGUCGUACUGGGAUCGAUUCCGCCGGGCCGUUCCACGUCCUCGCAGCUAAGGGCCGAGGCGUUCGCACCACAAAGGGUUACAUCACCAUAUUUGUCUGUCUCACCACGAAGGCACUACAUCUGGAGCUCGUGGGCGAUCUAUCAACCGUCUCCUUUUAUGCGGCUCUCACCCGCUUCUCUGGUCGCCGGGGAAAACCGUCUGAACUCUGGAGCAACAACGCGACGUGCUUCCAUCGAGCUGACACCGAGUUGCGCGACGCGCUCCGUCUUGCUGAGCACCGGUGGGACCUCGUCGCGAGUUGCCCUAGCGGAUCAAGGUAUCGAGUGGCAUUUUAUUCCACCCGGGCCCCUCACUUUGGAGGUCUCUGGGAGGCCGUGGUCAAGUCCAUCAAAGGUCAUCUCCGGCGAGUCAUGGGCUCGCGGCACCUAACGUACGAGGAGUUCUCAACCGUCUUGGUCGGGAUCAAAGCUGUCCUCAACAACCGUCCCCUCACUCCACUGUCGGGCAACACGGACGACCUGGGCGUGCUGACCCCCAGUCACUUUCUCAUCGGAGCCCCCCUCAAUUCAAUCAUUGAGGCCGCGCCACCCGAUCAGGAUCUCGACCAUCUGGCUCAAUGGGAGCUUGUCCGGGGCAUCAGAGCACAAUUCUGGGCCCGAUGGAGUCGGGAGUAUCUUAAUACUCUUCAACAGCGAUCGAAGUGGAUCACCCCUCAUCGGAACCUGACCUUGGGUGAUAUCGUCACCGUCCUUGACUCAUCUCUACUCUCGACCGACGGCCGCUGGCAUCUCGGCCGCAUAACUGGCGUUCACCCUGGCCCGGACGGCCUCGUAAGCGCUGUGACCGUCCGAACGGCGACGGGAGAAUACACCAGGCCAAUCACGAAAGUCACGCUGCUUCCGAUGAUAACCCAGACCGCCUCUCAGCCUGCAUCGCCCGGAGGCAAAACCGCUCUGGAUACGGUGGGCGGGACUUAA